UAACUAGUAAUACAGACAGUAAAUAAAAGCAGAAAAUCGUUAUUCGUCAAUUCAUAAUCAAUUAAUUAAGUGUUGUAAACUUCUAGUUGAAAUGUCUAACAAAUAUUUUCCAAUUUUCGCCUUAUUUUUAAUUUUUAUGUGUUUGGUAAGAGCUUUACAACUCAAUUUUAAUCAGAAAGACAAUGAAAUAUUUAUAAAACUAUUGAAUGAUAUACCGACGUGGGAGUCAGAAAAAAUCAAUUUUUCAGAAUAUGAACUAGAACAAUUAUCGUUGUACAAUACAAAUGCCCUACUAAGUGAUAAGUACAAAAAAAAACUUAUCUCCUUAAGAUGUAUUUAUGGUUAUGCGAUAAAACACAUUUUAUGGGAUCUGCAUUCUGUAGUUACAAGUUCUCAGGAAAAAUUAAAACAAGUUAAAUUUAGCAAAAAAUCUGAAUUGCUAUUUUUAAAUGGAGAAUACGAUAUCGAUAUAAGCGAAGUGUUAAAAAAAGAAAAAUUUGAUUUAACGGAUGAAAGCAGAGGAACGUUUACGAACGAUAUUAAAGAAAUAACGGAACUUAUGAGCCCUAAUCAAAUAUACAUAAUAAAUACAAUGAAAGAAUCAGAAGAAGACUAUACAUUUUUAAAUUUAAAUCAUGAACAUUUAAAAGUGUAUGUAGAUGCUAUAGGUCGAAUGAUAUCUGUAAUGAUAAUGAGUCAAAGCACAGUGUCUAAUUGGAUGUGGAUGAUAUAUCUUUAUCUCAAUUCAAUAGAUAAAAAUAAAAUAAAUCAGAAAAAAAUCCAAAAUUAUUUUAGAUAUGCUGACAAAAUGAUAGACAAGUGUUCUAAGGACAAUUAUUUAGAAAACCUUAAGCUCAGCGAUAUUAAGGUAUUUGAUAUCGAUGAAAAAUAUAAAAAUAAAAACGAUAUCUCAUCGAUUUCUCUACUUAAGAAAUUAAAGUUGAUAUCGGAGAGUAAAAAAAAUUUUUUGCAAUUAUUUAAAUACGAAAAUAUGUUAGGAAUAUAUGAUGCAUUUUGGACCAAAAAGGCAAAUACCUUAAAUAUUCUGCCUGGUAUCGAAUCUUUUAACUGGAAUUUUUUAAGAAGGGAUUUAGAUUAUAUAAACAAAAAUUUUGAAACUAUGUGGAAUAAUGUUCCAUUUUCAAUUGUGAAUUACUAUAAAAUUAUAAGCGAUGCCAUGAAAAUUGUUCUAUUAUAUUCGUGGUAUCUAAUAACCACUAAAAAAGCGAAGAAAUCCCGAAUAAUUGAUGUAAUUAACUUCGAUUGGGUUUUAGAAUGUCCUUUAGAAGAAAUUCAAAGUAUAAUUAAAUUUUUUAACAUUAACUAUGAAAAUUUAUAUUCGAACUUUACCAGUUUCUUCAAUAGAAAAAUUAAAGUUGAACAAAAUGUAAUAAAUAAAUUUAACGAUCAAGUGUUAUUAGAACUUCAAAAAUUACUCAACACGUAUAAAGCAUUCGAAAAUAAUAAAAAUCUAAAAGAACAUUUACAUGAAAAAAUUAACGAUUUGAAUAUUGACAAAUGUUCAAAUUUACUAAUAGAUUAUUUUCAUUAUAUAAAACAAUUUGUCGAACCUUUAGACUUUAAUGUAAUUAAAGCAUUUGAAAUGAGUAAUAAUAAAUACUGGAUAAACUUUAAUUAGGUUAUCAGCGGACAAUUUAUUAUUUAAAGUCGGUAAAAUUUUAGCAUUUUGCUGUCAAAACUCAAAGAUAAUUUGAUUGCAUAAAAACAUUAUAGUCUACAUUUUUCAGUUGUUUGAUAAAAUCCAAUAACGUUUGUAAAGGUUAUAGAAAUAAAGAAAAUUAUUUGUAAAUAUGUAAUAUAAAAUUUGUUUUAUUCAAC